AGGAAGUGAAGCACUUGCUGCUGCCACUCGAGGGUGUGCACAGAAGUUUCAGAGAGCAAACAGGAGAGGGAAAAACCCUCAGUCUGUCAGAACUACUCUUCUGGGCUUAUCGUAUGUGUUGUUCAUGGAGCUUCCCAGGCAGAGGUUAUGUUUCACACUAUGUGCUGACUGUCUGUACUUACAGAAGAUAUUUAAAAACAAACAGACUUUUUUUUCCCAAGAUUUUGAUUCCAGUGGAAUCUGUGCUUUAGAUUUUUGUCUUGUCGAUUAACUCCUGAAGCAAUGCCUGUACAAGCUCCACAAUGGACGGAUUUUCUCUCCUGCCCAAUUUGCACACAGACGUUCGACGAAACCAUCCGGAAGCCCAUCAGCUUGGGUUGUGGCCACACCGUCUGCAAGAUGUGCCUCAACAAGCUCCACCGUAAGGCAUGUCCCUUCGACCAGACCACUAUCAACACAGACAUUGAACUCCUCCCUGUGAACUCGGCCCUGCUGCAGCUAGUGGGUGCUCAGGUUCCUGAGCAGCAGCCAAUUACUUUAUGCAGUGGAGCUGAAGACACCAAGCAUUAUGAGGAGGGCAAGAAAUGUGUGGAAGAAUUGGCAUUGUACCUCAAACCACUCAGCAGUGCCAGAGGUGUGGGUCUCAACAGUACUACUCAGAGCGUGCUGAGUCGUCCCAUGCAGAGGAAACUUGUGACAUUAGUCCACUGCCAGCUGGUGGAGGAGGAAGGGCGGAUCAGAGCCAUGCGAGCGGCGCGGUCACUGGGCGAGAGAACAGUCACAGAGCUCAUUCUCCAGCACCAGAACCCUCAGCAGCUCUCUUCCAACCUCUGGGCUGCAGUGAGAGCCAGAGGCUGCCAGUUCCUGGGGCCAGCAAUGCAAGAGGAGGCUUUAAAGCUGGUCCUGCUGGCUCUGGAAGAUGGAUCUGCUCUGUCACGAAAGGUCUUGGUUCUCUUUGUGGUGCAGAGGCUGGAGCCCCGAUUCCCUCAGGCUUCCAAAACUAGCAUUGGGCACGUUGUCCAGCUCCUGUACAGGGCCUCAUGCUUCAAGGUGACAAAGCGAGACGAGGAUUCCUCCCUGAUGCAGCUGAAGGAGGAAUUUCGGACCUACGAAGCUCUGCGGAGGGAACACGACUCCCAGAUAGUUCAGAUAGCCAUGGAGGCGGGUUUACGCAUCGCCCCAGACCAGUGGUCCUCGCUGCUCUACGGAGACCAGUCUCACAAAUCCCACAUGCAGAGCAUCAUCGACAAGUUGCAGACCCCAGCCUCAUUUGCACAGAGUGUUCAGGAGUUAACUAUUGCUCUGCAGAGGACUGGAGAUCCAGCUAACCUGAAUCGUCUGCGACCUCACCUAGAGCUCCUGGCAAAUAUUGAUCCCAGUCCAGAUGCUCCACCUCCAACGUGGGAACAACUGGAAAAUGGACUAGUUGCUGUGAGAACUGUGGUUCAUGGCUUGGUUGAUUAUAUCCAGAAUCACAGCAAAAAAGGAACAGAUCAACAACAGCCCCCUCAGCACAGCAAGUACAAGACAUACAUGUGCCGAGACAUGAAGCAGAGAGGAGGAUGUCCCCGGGGGGCCAGCUGCACCUUUGCACACUCCCAGGAGGAGCUGGAAAAAUUCCGUAAAAUGAACAAACGUCUGGUUCCCAGAAGACCCCUGAGUGCCUCCCUGGGCCAGCUGAACGAGGUGGGCCUGCCUUCAGGAGCUAUCCUCUCAGAGGAGGGGGGAGUGGACUUGCCCAAUAGGAAAACCUCUGCCCUGCCAAAUGGAAUUGUGUCAACAGGCAGCACGGUGACACAGCUCAUCUCUCGAGGGACUGACUCGGGUUAUGAAACCACUCUGAAGCCCGGGAAGAUGGACCAUCUGAGUAGCAGUGCCCCUGGAUCCCCUCCUGACUUGCUGGAAUCUGUCCCCAAGAGCUCUAUUUCUGCCUUACCAGUGAACCCUCAUCCUGUGCCCUCCCGGGCCCCAGCAGAUCUGCCCUCAGUGUCUGUCACCAAGCAGUUGCAGAUGGUACCACGAGGGUCUCAGUUGUACAAUGCUCAACAAGCAGAUAUGUUUUACCAAGACCCUAGAGGAGCUGCCCCACCAUUUGAGCCAGCGCCCUACCAACAAGGAGUGUACUACCCCACGCAGUCCAUGUCCCGCUUUGUCCGGCCACCUCCCUCGGCCGCUGAGGCGGGCACCCCGUACCUGGAGCCGUACGCGCCGUACCUGCCGGAGCGCGUGGUGAGCCCGCAGUACCCGCAGCCGCAGCAGUACCCGCCACUGGCACAGCCCCUGUACCCCCCGCACUAUGACAGCCGCCGUGUGUACCCCCCGGUGCCACCCUACCAGCGUGAGGACGUGGUGCGGGGCAGCCCCGUGCCCAUCGACAUCCCACCUGCUGCCGUCACCCCCUACGUGCCCGAGGCCAGAGACAGAUACCAGCAAGCAGAGGCAUAUUGCCCAGUGGCUCCGCACCUCGGCCAGAUCAGGCCUUCGUGCCACAGGCCUCAUCCCAGCCUGGAUGAACUUCACCGACGAAGGAAAGAAAUCAUGGCCCAGCUGGAGGAGAGGAAGGUGAUUUCUCCACCUCCUUUUGCACCGUCGCCAACCUUGCCUCAUCCUUUUCACUCAGAGGAGGUUUUUGUUUUUGUACAGUACUUGGAUGAAGACCUGAAGGUAGCUGGGAAAUACAAAGGAAAUGACUACAGCCAAUACUCCCCCUGGUCCUGUGACACCAUCGGCUCCUACAUUGGAACCAAAGAUGCAAAACCCAAAGAUGUCGUGGCGGCGAGGAGUGUGGACAUGGCGAACGUGGACAGCAAAGCCAUGCGUGAGCAGCGGCUGGACCUGCAGCGCCGGGCGGCCGAGGCUGGUGACGACGAUCUCAUUCCCUUUGGAGACCGACCGACUGUGUCACGCUUUGGGGCCAUCUCCCGCACUUCCAAAGCCAUGUACCAGAACUCUGGGCCCAUGCAGGCCAUGGCGGUUCAGGGAGCUGCCACCAAGUCCAUCAUUUCAGACUACAGUCCUUACGGAACUCACGGUGGCUGGGGAGGCUCUCCAUAUUCUCCUCAUCAAAAUAUACCUUCUCAGGGACGUUUCAAUGACAGGGAGAGGCUGUCCAUAUCGGAUGUGGCUGGUCACGGGAAGCAGUUGCCCUCAGCUGAGCGAGAGCAGCAGCUGCGCAUGGAGCUGCAGCAGGUGGACCAUCAGAUCAGCCAGCAGACGCAACUGCGGGGACUGGAGGCUGUUAGUAACAGGCUGCUGUUGCAGAGGGAGGCGACUACCCUGGCAGGCCAACCACAGCCCCCACCCCCGCCUCCCAAGUGGCCUGGGAUGAUCUCAAGUGAACAGCUGAGCUUGGAGCUACACCAGGUGGAAAGGGAAAUUGGGAAGAGAACCCGUGAGCUGAGCAUGGAGAGCCAGUCUUCACUGGAUAUGAAAAACAAACUGGGCACCGCUAAACAGACAGAAAAUGGACAAUUAGAGCCACAAAGCAAGGUUCCAGCUGAGGACCUCGCACUGACAUUCAGCAGUGAUGUUCCGAAUGGAUCAGCUUUGACACAAGAGAACAUUGGCCUCCUGUCAAACAAGGCAGCGUCUCUGAGCUUGUCAGAGGAGCCUGAGGGAGGAGGGGACAGCCACGACUCCCAGCGAGCCGGAGUCACACCCACAUCUGCUCCAUGAAGCCAGGCCAGCACACCCCGAGCUCCUCCUGCCAGGGUGGCAGCACCUUCCAUCACGUUUUUUUUCCAGGGGUAAUUGGAGAAAGCCAGGAGCAGCAGCAGUAGCAGAGCAGCAGGUCCAGAGGCAAUGUGCACAAACACAACUACUAGAAACAAAUCCUGCACAUAGUUCACAUUAACGCAUUUUUUAAUUAAAAAAAAAUGAAAAUUAGCAGUAUCUGCAAGCAAUUCAAAUUAAAUUUGUUUUUGUUCUGUGAAUGAACUUUAUUUUAAUAACUUUGGACGCCUUGAAUCCCAGGGCUUAAAAAAAAAGAUAUUAUAUAUAUACUCUGUUUGAUUAAUUGUAUGAUCUUAAUGAAGUAGGUUUUUUCUUUUAUUUUGGUAUUAUUACAUACCCAGUGCAUAAUUCCUUAUCACCUAAUUUCUCAAUGACUAAAACAAUCUGGCCGCUUCCUUGUGUGGUUUAAGAGUAAACAAGGAAUGAGGGUUGGAGAGUAGCUGUGAAAUUGCAGUGUCAAAAGAUGUGCAGCAAACUUCAUUCUUCCCAUUGUGGCCAGGAGCUGAACCCCAGCUUCUUACUUAAAUCAUUAAAUUUAAACUACAAGUGACAGAAUCCUUGCAACUCAGCAGUUGUUGUGGUUUGGUUUUUUAAAGGUGGCAUUGUUUAAGGUCUGUAUGUUAGAAAUUGGCACCUGAGAGUCAGCCUGCAGCUUGUCUGUCAGUGCUGCAGUGAAUCCUUCCUGGAUUCUCCUUUCCUAAGGAAAAUAUUGCAUCAAAAUGGCAACUGGAGGUGCAGCACAAAUCCUGCCAGAAGUACUGGGAAGCAAAUUUGCUUGAUAGAUCCAAUGCUUUUCCAAGUACAUGCUUUGUAAGUAUAAGUUGGAGAAGCCAUCAACCUUUUCUGAUGUUUUCUUUAAAAAUUAAAGAAAUGAAAGAUUUUAUUCUUGCUGCACAUUUUUUGACUCCUUUGACAUACACUAGGGUGAGACCCUGGAUACAAAGAGCCCUGGAGAACGAUUUUAAAGUGCUGCUCCCUCUGCACCUUCUUGGCCUGUGUUCUCAUUUUUUUUUUCUGGGUUAGACUACUAAAUGGGAAAGCACUGGUUAUGUAAUAAAUUACUGCAUUGCUUUGGUUGGGUAAAGCAAGAGUUAUUGAAUUUUCUUGGGUUUUAGUUUUUUUCCUUAACCUUAACUCCUGCUGAGGUCGUAGCAAUCUUGGGCUAAGCUUUGCAUUCAUCAUACUGUUAAAUAAAACAAAAGGGGGGGUGGGAGGGGAUACAGUCCCACUAUUGCCUACCAGUAGGAGAGUCCAAACAGAAGACUCUUUUGAGUAGCAAUUAUUUAAUUUGCCCAGUCAAGGCACCGCGUUUAUAUACUAUUUCACAUUGAAUUUGAUUAUGCCCUACAGACCUGGCUGGUCAAGGAUUUGAUACACAUAUUGGCUUGGGAUUCGAGCUUUCUUUUUUAUUUAAAUAAAAAUUUAUAUAUAAAUAUAUAUAUAUACAUGUAUACAUAGUUAUAUCUGUAUAUAUAUUGGGUAUGUUUUAAGAAUUUUUUCGCAUGAGCGCAGCUGUUGUGAUCAAAUGUCUGGGAGGUAGAAGCACUGAAUGAAAAUAAAGGCAUUUUUCAGCUCACACCCCCCCACUCUCCAUAUGUCUUCACAUGGGUUUAUUUCACUCUUAGUUGGACUUUGGCCUCUUCAUUGCCAAGAGCAGUUUGAGGCUUGCUUUGUUUUCUAGCCCCUCCUAACUUUGGGCAAAGAACCAUCUUUGCACUAGAGCAGCUUCACCUCCAGCUUGUCCCCACCCAUCCGUACCUGCUGCUUGAGGCCAAGCAUUCCAGCCGCUCCCCUGGAGCCCAGCAGGGCUGGGGGGAUGCAGUUAUGAGUCUGUUCCUCCCUUCUCUGCUCUGGCCAGGAGGAUGAUGAAAGUGUUUCCCUGGCUGCCUGCUCCUAAGUUACCUGACACAGGCAGCCUGCCCUCUCCUCCCAUCAUUUAGUGCAGAGCACCACCCUCAAGUCAGCCUUCUCCUUGGUUUUAAUUAGUUUAUACCUUCCUGCUGUGUCUUUAUUAACACAGGAAGCUCACCUUAGUUGAGAUAAAUAGGGCAAUAUUCUAAACUAGGAGGACAAGCCCAGAAUGUUCCUUUUUUUGACUGCAGUAAUUGUGGAUGUAAAAUUAAUUUUCAAAGACGAUUACAAUAGGUUUGACUCCAACAGAUUCAUUUGCAACACUAGGAAGAAAAUCUGGAGGGCAAAAACCUUUUUACCUUUUAUUUAACUAGUUCUCUUGCCAGAUUAGGGAUUUUUCCUUUCUCCACUUUUUCUACUGGGAGGAAUUCUGCAGUAAGAGCUACUCAGAUUGCUGGCCUGCAUAUGGUGAAUGCUUCCAAAACUUGGGGAUUAGAAAAGAGACCUUACUGUUUUGGUUUGUUUUUUUUUUUUUCCUUCAUCCAACUGUCCAUGCUGUACUUUGUGUGUAGUGUCCUUGUUGUGAUCAGUGUGUCCAGGUGAAUGCCCUGUUUGCUCAGAAUUAUAGUUUGGCUUGUUAAAUAGUGUGUUUAAUAUCUACUAACAGUAUUGAUUUUUAGCUUUGGUUCUUCUCCUCCUCCUCUUCCCCCUUUUCUGCCUUUUUUUUUUCUUUUUGCAGAAGUUAAGUUGAUUAAAACAAGUUGAACAGCAAAGUGCAGUGCAUGCUUUUAAGUCUUUUUCUGAAAACUGCACAUGAAAUGUUCCCUUUUUGUGGAAAAACUGGGAGAACUCAGAGAACAGAGAGCUCUCCAUGCAGUUGGCAGCAUUGAUGGUUACAGCAAAUAAGCUGAGAGUCAAAAUGUCUGGAGCGACUCUCUAUCCUGCUACGGUCAUUGCUAUAGCCCAUCACUGUCCCAGUUGUACAGGAGUGCUGCCCACCUCUGUGAGAUUGGUCUUGGCUACGGAUUGCUUUAGUUCCUUCCACCUGGGCAAGAAGGAGCAGUAUUAGCAUGGUGUUAGGGCACUGCUGCAUCCUUUGGUAGGUAGGUGGAAUUUCCUACUGCACCAGACAACUCUUAACCCUCGCUGGUACCUGGGUUCCAGCCCUGGCACGGACAAACCCCCCCAAAUAGAAAGCUUCAAGCGGAAGGUUGAGCUUCAGUGCAUCAGUGAUACAGUCAGUGUAGAAAUGUCUGUUUAUUCUGUAGUGUUACUUUCCUUCUCCUGUCAUUAUCUCUUCUUCCUUUCCUGUGACCUAGUUCUGAUUUCUUAAUAGGAGAAAUUUAACCUGUUUCUUCUGCCCCUCUUGCAUGCUGUCCCAUUUCAGAGUAGGACUUGUUUUCUCUAGAUCAGAGCACUUUUCAAGCUUGCAGCACAGUUAUCCCCUUCCUUCUCAAGUUCUUUUCUGUCUUGUUUUUUCUGAGCCUUCACUCCCUUUUUUUUUUCCUCCUUUCCUCCUGUGGCUUGCCCAUCCACCCUCCCUGAUUGUGUAACAGUGACAGCUUGCUGCCUCAAAACAGAGCAUUCAAAUGAAUUCGCUUAGCCAAUAACUUCUGUGAAGUUGCCUUUUCUAAUGGUGUUAUUACUCAGUGAUGCACAAAUGUGAUAUUGCCCCUACUGGUAGGCAAACGGGGGAUCUGUAUAAACAUGAUAAACUGCUGUUUUCUUUAAAGGAGAGCCAAAGACUUGUGCUUUACACUUUUUUUUUUUCCCUGAUGUAGCCAUUUUGAUUGUCAAGCGUUUGUAGGGUAUCGUGAGUUGACUGUAUUAUCCUAAUAACAAUUUCUAGAAGUUAAUGAUUGUCAAACCUUGCCCAUGCAUUCAAUUGUGGAAAAUCAUUCCAUUGAGUCAUACAAUUUGCAAUGUACUGAGAUGUAUCUGGGGUGUUGUGAUGUAUUUUCAGUCUCUCAUGCACUCUCUCAGCUGAUGGAAUGGCUCAUUUGGAGAGGGAGAAGGAACAUAGAAAUCUCAUAAUCCAAGAAGCCUUGUCUUUAAGUGUUUAAAUUGAAUACUGAUGGAAAAUCUCUUCAGUUACAUUAAAAGAUAAAUCUGUGUUACAAACGUGACUGACUUUUAAGCCCAUUGGAACCGGAAAGACUUGUCAGACUUUAGCAUUACAUUAAAUUAGAUGUGCAAGAACCAAACUUGUAUGGUCAUAUUGUCUCUUGACAGCACAAACUGAGUAAGGUGGGGCAAAUUCUUGUCUUAAAAAAGGGCCAGGACUGAGGCUUUUAUUGAUAAUACAAGAAAGCCACUUGCAUUUCCCUUCCUUGAUCUGCUCAAACUCUUGCAGACUUGGUACCAAGGUUUUUAGAUUCAGAGAGAAAUCUCUAAGUCCAAGUAGCACAAACCCUCAUUUCCAUUGCCAUUUAUAAAUCUGGACUAUAACAAAGCAAACAGUUAUCUGAAGAACCCCAAUAAAAAGUAUCUUUGCUGGACUGGCUAUUUCAGACCCACUUUUAUGGUCUUGAGAAAUUCAGUGCCAGUAUUCAGGAGGCUCAAGGGCAGGGGUGCCAGCUUCCUUCUCUGCUCUAAAAUAGGGAAAACACCCAGACAUAUAAGCAGUGUGCAAGUUUUGUGCUUGUCUGUGUGUGUAUGAGGAAGUGUUUGUCGUCCUAGGAUAGGCAGAGCAGUGCUAGGCCAUGAUUCAAGUUUUGUCAUAAUCCACUUCCCAAAACACAGCCUUCCAUUUUGCCUCCUAAUGUUGCUGAUAUAAAAACAACCAAAAAACCUCAGUGUGUCAGCAACUUAAUUUCUUGUAUCGUAAUAUAUCAAGUUGCCUGGAUGAAAAAAAACAACCCAGGAAGCAAAAGUUGUUGAGUUGACAUGAAUUGGAAAAACGUCUGCCUCCCUUGAGUAAUGUAAACUGAAUUUCUGAGGGAAGUGAAGCAGAUCUUCUGAGCCACCUUUUGGGUACAGCCUUGGUGCCAAGAGCUGGGUGGUUGUUACUUGUAAAUCAACAUACUGAUUAUUUUGUAGCACAAAUUGAUUUGCUCUCACAUCAAGUAGACACUGAAAUGUCAAAAACAUCAUUGGGAGUUCUCUUUUCCAUAGUCAAGUGUUACCAACUGCAUUAUUUUCUGAGGGAAUACCAAUGGAUGAAAGAGGCUGGAGUAAGUUAGUUCAAGUUACACAGUAUAAGUAAGGAAUUUUGGGGAAUGUUAUUGCAGUACAGUGUCCUUACACAGUUAACAUGUGGUCUUCAUUCUUCUGUAAGAGGAAGAAUGUAAUUGCUUAGUGUUGUCACAGCCUCCGAGGCACUUCUUGUGAUGCAAGUAGAGCUUAAUUAGCAGGGAAAGGAGAAGAAACUUAAUGCUUAUUUUGUUUGUAAUAUAAUUUCCUAAUGACAAGUGUGAUAUCAUGUCGUGGGAAGUCUUUGAACACUGGUAAGCAAAGAGGCUGCAGCUUUUCCUGAAAUUUCCCAAAAAAAACCAAGCACGUGGCAAUGUGGAUUUGUCUGCAUAGGAACAUCCCAGUCAUUUGAAGCUUAAAGUAUGUGGCCAUAAUAUUCGAAAUUGGGUGCCUGUAGCUUAGUAACAUGGAUAAUUAACUGAUCUUUCCCAGGCAAUCUUUGCAAUUCCAGUGAGUCUGUGUAUGAUUUGAGUGCCAAUUGCCAAGUGUUCAGCAGUUGGGAAGGUUUAGGUGACAAGGUACAUCCAGCAAGGCAGCUUUCCUUGGAUAUACCAGUUGGAUGUUUUCAUAUGCCAGGAAACAACUGAUUCUGAGAUCUGAAAGCUCUAGGAAAACACAAUUAUCAAUUUCAAUUUGAAACAUGCAGUGUUGGGAGAGAUGGAAGCAACAGGUGGUGCAGUGUCUCUGGAAAUAAAAAGCAUUAGACAUGGUGGAAUUACAUGUGAAAUAUAUAUGGGGAAAAUAUAUCUGUAAGCAAAAAAGAAAAAGAAAAUCUUGUGGAAUAUUUGAUGUUUAAGAAAUUAUUUGCUUCUUUGUAAUGUUAAAAAUGCCUAAUUUAUAGUUCUGUGGCAGACAGUACUCACAAGUCUUUGGCAUCCAAACCAGACUGUGUAUUGGAUGGAUCCCACAACUGGAUGUGUGUGCUGACCUCUUUAUUUGUAGCUUUUUAAAAAGAAACUUGGCAGCAGCCUUUUAAAAAUGUGUGAAGCAACCUGAGGGAGAGGAGGAGAAGCUGCCCCGUUCACCUCCCAGCUGCUGCCCAGCUCACAAUUGGGACCGUUCACCCGCAGCCUCUCACAGGUGAAGCUGCUCAGCUUGGGCAAAUCAAAUGAUUUUGAGAGUUUUUCCUAGUUUUAAGGAGUUCCCAUUCCCCCUUUGGCUUCUGCUUGCUGUGUAAGCAGCCUCCAUGCUAAAAGGAGCUUUCCUUGCAGUCAGCUUAGCAACCGUGCUGUAGCUUGGCUGUUCUUCCCUGUUUCCUGUAACUGGUAGUGGAGUGUCGAGCUCUCUCCCUAUUGUAUUUGCUGCUGUGGGGAGGAAGAGGUGAGAAAAGGCACAUGUGAGAGGAGGGAGGAAGAACUGUGGGAUCUCUACAACGGCUCCCACACCCUCUUUGAAAUCAUCUGCUUCCAGUUGUGGGAUUUCUCUAUAGAUGAUCUUUUUUUCCUGGUUUCUGUAAGCCUAAUUUUCUUCAAUCUUGUUAGUUCCGUACAAGUCUCCCCGAGACAUUCUGCAGUCAUUAUCACCUUUUUGGGUGGAGUUUUAUUUUAAUUUUUUGGUUUGUUUGUUUUUUAAAUAACUUUUUAAUAUUGGUGCGUAUAUGCUUGGGAUAGAGCUCAUGUAAUUUUCCAAUCGUAUUGAUUGUAUGUGAUUGUGCCCUGCAGAGGUAUAUUUAACAAAAAUAAAAUAAAGGAUAGUCUAGGUAAUAAAAUGGAGACCAUGAGGUUUGUUGAGUCGGGUUAUGAACUAUUUCUUGAAUUUAUUUAGGAUCCUGGAUAAGUGAAAUUCCCUGUCUCCUGUUCUCAUGAAUCAGUGCUGAACAAAAUGUUCAUUCAGUCUCUGUUCGAACUGGGUUUUUUCUUGCUUUUCUUCUCUUUCUGUUGUUUUCUUCCUUUUCUGCUCUUCCCUCCCAUCAACAAAAAUUCUCACUCCUUUAUGGGAAAGGCUGACUCUGGGUUGAUAUUGUGGAUAUUUAUUGUCUGUAACUAUCAAAACAUUCUUAAUAGGAGUAGAGAUGAAGUAGAAUGUAUGAGAAGAAUUCCAUAAAUUGAAUUCUUUGCAAGUUCAGGGGAAUUUUGAAGUCUUGUACAUACAGGCCUAGUCACAGGGGAGAUGUUCAGAGGCACACAGGGAGUUGGUGCCUCUUUUCCAGGAAAGGUUGGAUGCUUUGCUACCUUUGGUGAAAACUGAGAUGACAAAAGGAGUAGAAGAAAGAGUUCUCUAUAUCCAUCUCCCUCUGUCUUUACUCCUGCAAUAUGCUUUUUAAACUUGAAAGAAAAACCUUUUAGAUACUGUGCUGAAGUGGGACAGAGUGGAUUGAAGGAGGCAAAAGGAUCCAGAGAUCUGAAAGUCAGUAUUUGUCUCCUUUAUUUUCUCUUCAGACUUAUAGAGCCAACCCUGUCAUCUUUGUACGAAAGGACAAGGGAGUGGAGACCUAUUGUAUGUGCAUAGUGGUUAUGUAGAAAAAGCCAUAUGUUGAAAUGUUAUUUCUUCAGUCUUCACCUUGCUUUUCUGCCUCUUAAAUCUGACUCAACCUCACCUUGCUCUCACAUAGUGUCUAAGGGUCCUUUGUGUUGCAGAUUCAACAAAAACUGGUGGAAAGGUGAUGAUUCGCUAUUUGGUUUGUAAAUAGACAAGGUCUUACCUGCUUUUCUGUCAGCAUUUAUAUUAAAUGAUAAAUUAAUGGAGAA